AUGGAUAGGAUCAUGAGCUGGAAUGUCAGGGGAAUCAAUAAUCGCCACAAACAGGAAGAGGUAAAACAGAUGAUAUUCUCAAUGAAGGUGGGAUUAGUUGGUCUCCUUGAAACCAAGAUACAGACUCAAAAUUUGGGUUCUGUAUUUGUAAAUAUGUUUAGAGGAUGGUGUCUUUCAACAAAUAAUGCUUGGCAUAAAGGGGGUAGAAUUAUGAUUAGCUGGAACCCGGGGGUGUUUACUGUCAAUAUACUUCAAUGUACAAGUCAACUAAUGCAUCUCGAAGUUACUACAAUGGCUGGUAAGGAAUGUUUUCUGGUUACUUUUGUUUAUGCACUAAAUGAGGAGCAGGGUCGAAUCUCACUUUGGAAUGAUCUAAAAGAUAUAGCAUUGAAGGGGUCUGGUCCUUGGAUCAUUUUAGGGGAUUUUACUGAUAUUCUUAGUGUUGAAGAAAGAAUUGGGGGUCAACAAAGACCAAAAAUUUCUGGUGCAUUUAAAGAGUGCGUAGAAUUCUGUCAGGUUGAGGAUGUAAAGUAUACAUGCUCUUUCUUUACUUGGAACAACAAACAGAACAUGGAGACUAGGAUCUAUUCUAAAAUAGAUAGGGUGUUAGCAAACCAAGGUUGGUUGGACAAAUUUCCUAAUGCAGAGGUGGUUUUCUUGGCUGAAGGUAUGUUUGAUCACUGUCCAGCCAUUCUCACUGUCUAUCCGCCUGGAGUGGAGGGAAAGAAACCAUUUCGGGACUUCAGAAUGUGGGAAAAUAUUCCAGAUUUUAAGAAGAGAUUAGAAGCGACAUGGCGGAUUCAGGUUGAUGGUGCUCCAAUGUUUCAACUUACACAGAAAUUAAAAGAGGUGAAGAAGCUAAUGAAAGGGAUUAAUAAAAUGGAGUUUGGGGAUAUUCAUUCAGUGCAUGCCAAGAGAUUUCAGAAUCUAAUGGAUUGUCAAGCUGCGUUACAGUUAAAACCUCAAGAUCAUAUCCUAAUUUCUAAGGAGAAAGAAGCCAGAACCUUAUACAGUGAAGCACAUAGCAACUAUAUAUCAUUUCUUAAACAAAAAGCUAAACUACAUUGGAUGAAGGAAGGAGAUGAUAACACAUCUUUUUUUCACUCUAGUAUAUGA